AUGCUCACAGACGUGGACGCUCAAAAGAUGAUGCAGAAGGUAGAGGCAGAUGGGCCAGAACCAGAAAAAUGCUCUUUGAUGCCUUAUCCUGAUGCUAAAGUAUCUGAGGCCUUAUGUGGACCCCGAGGUUCUUCCAACUAUAGGAUCUACUCAGACUUCAAUCUUAACGAUGAGGACUUAAAGUUGGUUAUACCAGAGUAUCACAAAUAUUGUGACGAUGUGGUAAGACAUUUGUUUCCGGUUAUAAGUGAUGAGAAUAAGAUGUUGGUAAUUUGGCGACGACCUGCAGUUGUGAUUCGUGCUGGAGAUGAUGGCUUCAGAGUCCAAGAAGUUGAAGAUGCUGAUCAGAAGUUUAACAAUGUUAAUCCUAUCAAUCUCAACCUGCACGAUAUGCAGAAUCAGAUUAUAACUUUAGGCGGGGUUAUUAUCCACUUUAAGCGUAUGAUCGAGGAUAUGGAAAUGAAUAUCGAUCAGCAUCACAAUGUGUUCAAGAACAAUCACAGAAAGCUAAGGCAGGAUAUUUUGGAUGAAUCUAAUAGACUACGACUUCGAGUACAAGCCGGUACGAAUUUCCAGCAUAACAAUAUUGCCGCAGGAAACGCUCGCCCAGCAAACGCACAGAAUGAAGCAGGUAGCAACAUACAGCACAAUGACAUGCAUGAGCCCCACGAUUCUCGCGAAGCCUAUCUUAAAAAAAGAAUCAGAACUCUGUAGCAACUAUGGCAGAAGUAUGACGCGGGACUUUAUGGGAGCAAACCUGCCCGCUUCUUUACUGGUAGUGAGCGAGGUAGAGUGAAUUGCACUAAUAGUUUGCGCCUAUGCUUUUGGAGGACUAUGGAGAAGCUGAUCGCCAGAGGUGAUAGGGAUAAUUUUAUUUAUUUUAAAGGAGUUAAGUUACAAUGGUUGUACAUAUGGUAUGGCUCUCAUAGCCGUUGUAGUGGUUCGGGGAAGAUCGAUGGGCAGAAGUGGUCAGUAAAUUCCCUGUUGAAGCUUGAAAUAGCGCUCAAAUAGCUGUAGAGAAAAUUCAGGACGCGUAUGUGGCAGCUUUAUCGGUCACAGCGAUAUGCAGAGCAUGUCGCCCUGAUAAAGAUAUGGCAGAGAUUCAAUAAAAUAAGCC